UUGUCAAACCCACCCGCCCGCCCGCCCGCGAUACAUACAUACCAGAGAGAAUAGAACAGAAGAGGAGAACAUUACCGUCAGCUCCAACGUUUGACCUUAAUUUCUCCAAAGCCAUGGGCAUCGCCGGCGGCAAUCUCAGUUCAGACCAAAUCCAGUCCUUCAACUCCCAAGGCUAUCUUGUUCUGGAAUCGUUUGCGAGCCCCGAGGACAUCGAAGCCAUGAGGACGAGAAUGGACCAGUUGCUCCACGACUUUGACUGCUCCUCCACCGCCUCUAUUUUCUCUACCAAGAACCAGCAACAGUUGACCGACAAUUAUUUCUACGAAAGUGUCGACAAGAUUUCUUUUUUCUUCGAGGAGAAAGCUUUUGGGGAUGAUGGAACCCUAAAACAACCAAAGGAACUUUCCAUUAAUAAAGUUGGACAUGCAUUACAUGAGCUUGAUCCGGUGUUUAGAAAGUUCUCCUAUUCUGAGAAAGUCUCGAGUUUGUUCUCCUCAUUGGGAUACAAAAGGCCGAUUCCCGUUCAGUCUAUGUAUAUCUUUAAGCAACCGGGUAUUGGAGGCGAGGUAGUGCCACAUCAGGAUAACUCAUUUCUUUAUACUGAACCACAGACUUGCACAGGGCUGUGGCUGGCCUUGGAAGACGCAACAGUAGUAAAUGGCUGCCUAUGGGCUAUUCCUGGAUCUCAAAAGAAUGGCCUUGUUAGACGGUUUAUUAGAGGUGAAGACGGUGUGACCUUUGAUCGGCCUUCCCCUGCGUAUGAUUCAAAAGAUUUUGUGCCUAUUGAAGUCAAAGCUGGGUCUUUAAUUGUUAUUCAUGGUGAUCUUAUUCAUCAAAGUUUCGAGAACCAGUCUUCAAAGUCAAGGCAUGCGUAUAGCUUGCAUGUGGUGGAUACAGAUGGCUGCAAAUGGGCUCCAGAUAAUUGGAUUCGGCGGAAGGUGGCACCAGAGCCCAUCUAUGUAUCUUAACAUGACCUGAAAGUUGAUGUCCAGCUCGGUUGUGUGGUUCUGCAUCUCAAGCUGACACAUCUGUCUCCUUUACAAAACUUACGGUCUCACUGUAAUUUCUAUUGCUUUCUGCGGUUUUAGGUGCGAAUAAUGCAGAUUACUAGAAAUGUGGUUGCAAUAUGUCCUACAAUAAACAAAUUUGUUAAGUACCAGUGUGGAUGUCCUUGCAACAGGUUUAGAUUGCAAAAGUUCAAUGCAAGCUUGGAUUUAUACAGACCAA